AUGUCGACGACGCCACAGACGUGGAAAAAGACCGAAACUCCGGUCUCUGGUUCUCUUUCUCCUCCCGUUGAAAUAGACUUUCGUAGUAAAAUACCGUUUGAGCAAGUGUUUGAAGAGUUGAUGGUGUCUUUUGCGAAGCAAUUUUAUAUGCCAUAUAUUCCGGUCUCGAAGAUCAGUAAUACAAAAGAGAUCAAUUCGUCUCCCGAAAUUCAUCAUCUUCUUAGCGACAAAAUAGGUCUUCAAGCCGUUGUGACAUGUUUAGAGCACGGCUUUACAUUAACCCUUCCUUUAAUGCCUUUGACCAUCACACCGGAGUUUCUCUUAACUCAUAUGAUCAAGAAACAUCCGAGUGAACAACACUUUGUGACAUUCAACGGUCUCUACGGGAAGAUCACCGACACGGCUAUCGCACUCUUUGCCGAUCAAACGCCAAAGAACCCUUGGAAGACUAUGCCCGAUCUCUUUCACUCCUUUCCAGACCACUUCUACGCCAAUUUGAAAGAUCCAAAUGUGUUAAUGAGACGAGAACGCGAGAUCCAAAUUCUCGGGGAAAGUCCUUUACAGACUCCUUUUGGAGAGAUGAGUGUCAUCUUUAUUGACUCUCCGUUGAUAUAUAAUGGCUGUUCUUGGGGGUGGGUAAAUGACAAAUUGUUGCCUGGUUUUCUAUGGAUCGAGAAGCCAACAGUGACUCCCCGUCUUGAUCCUCCUUCACCACACAAUGACAAGACUCUUCCCGAGAAAGUGACUCCAAAGUGGUACCUCUACCCUACAGAACCCAUCGAACACUCCGGAAAUCUCUUUUUGCAGCGGUUUAAUGAUAAACGAAUGAGUGGGAUAUGUAAACACUUUGAGACGUUACUCUCGCAGUACUCCAAUGUCUCGGCGACUCUUGAAAUUAAAGAGAAGGGGAUCUUCAUGCGCAACGUCAUCGACAAAACACUCAGUAAAAUCCAACAACACGAGCUGUGGAAAGACUUCCCCGAACACGCCGAGACCGUCACCAAUUGCCUCGAAACAAUAUUCACCUCGUCGCUCUAUGAAAAGUUGUGGCCGCCAAGUUAUGAGAAUAACCCAAAAGAGAAAUUGCCUGUCGAGUGUCGCGACAAAGAUAAGCGCCUGGAAGAGAUGAUUUUGUCCCGACAAUUCAUUAAGCCUCAAAACAUAGGAUUAGAAUUCAUCGAACACGACGAAGACAGUGUAGUUGAAGAAGUGGGGUCCAUCGUGAGGGAAGUGAAUAUGAAGAGAUCUCCUGGAGAGAAAUUGAAGAUUUUUCAGUGCGUGAAAGAUAUUAUAGAAACUAUAGUAUUCCAUUUCAUUCAUAAAAAUGACAAGGAGAUUGCCGUCAAGCUGUUGAGUUUUGUUCUCCUCAAAUCAAAUGUACCUUUCUUACACUCAAACCUCCAAUACAUCAAAGAAUUCCACGUCAUCAAAAACGAACCCGUGACACUCACUUUGGAGUUCUUUGACGCAGCGUUGAGGUAUUUGGCCACGUUGGGAUUCGAUAAGUUAAACAUCCCAAAACAAGACUAUGACGUUUUGUUCUCUCGAGCAAAAAAGAAAACACUCAAUCCCAUCGCGUUUUCAGAUUAUUAUGCCGAAACGCCACUCCACUAUAAUAGAAAAGAAAUCAUCCCAAAACUCCUUGAAAUGAAACCCGAAGAUUUGUCAAAGGACGACUUGGACGUUUUGCUCAAAGAAUUCAAAACGGCGAUGAGAGAAAACAGAGAAUUAAAAAAGAGGAUCGACGCCAAAAAAAACUCUGAAAUUUAA